AUGUGUGCGUUACAGCUCGGGAUUUUGACAGAACUUGAGAAGAGUGCAGAAGGGAUAGCAAAUAAUUUAGACUCAUUGCUUCGUUCAUUAACGUCUACAUUAAACCAGAUGUCAAGUCUUACCUUGGACUGUACAACUGUAUUUUCAGAUUCCGUGGAUUACGCUUGUGAAACUAUCGGUGCAUGUAUAAAGGUUAGUUUGUUGAUAAAUGGCGAGUUGACAUCGGUAGUUUGAAAAUGUACGGCCAUUACUAGCCAUAAUUUCUCAGUGUCUGUACUACCACAUUUAAGGUUGGUUUAGGUUUCUAUGAAUACCCUCAUUAAGGGCUCUUUAUUUAUAUAAAGUCGAAAUCUUGAAUAACGGUUAUCUAGUUGAGUACAUUAUUUAUUUAUUUAUUUGUACACAUAUAUAUGUAUACGACAUUUUUGGCGUAGCUUCAGCAUGAACGUUGACAUGCUUCAGUGAAUGCUCCGUCUUAUCAUUUAUUGCCUGCUCUCACGUUUAUAUAGUGACUCAUUCUACUGAUUCGACAGAAACCGUUUUAUGAAAUAAGUAUAGUGUGGAAUGAUCAACAUACUCAACCACUGUGCCUUUCUUAUCUUUGAAAGUUUACUUGACCAGAAAUGGGUCAUAAUUUUAUUUUCACAAGUGUGAUUUUAAGGUAUCUCACGGUGGACUGGUACAUUUCCAAAAUUUAAUAUGAAAAAUAACCCUAGUGUAUUGCUAUGCUUAACGCUCUUAUAAGUACUGGGCAACUUUACGCAAUACUCUUAAUGAUCUUGGUUCGGAUUAGAGACCACUAAUCCCAACUGUAGAUGUACUGUAGUUCAUGCAUUAUGGUCCGCUUGUAAACAAUAAUUUUACUAACAACACCAUCUUAAUAUGAAUUUAGCACAAAUCCCCAGUGCAUUCUAAAACUAUAAGGUUCAACAAUGUAGGAAGUUUCAAUAGUUUGAGAAAACAGGGAUUCCCUUGUCAUUAUAGCAAUCAACCAGUUAAAGUAAAGCCUUGUAUACUUUGAUUAACGUAAGAUGUAUUAUUUGUAUCUGAAAUACUUAACUAUUGUUGGAAUAUUUUCAGAACUUUUGUUUCCCCCUUAGUCCACUUAUGUUUUGAUGGCCAAGUGCGAAGAAUUAUCCAAAUCUAUGUCUCAGCUGGAACCGUUAAAAAAAGAAAUAGAAGGUUUGAAACGAACUCUAAGUAAAUUUGAGGAGGCAUUAAGUACACCAUUGAAGUAGUUAAAUAGUGAGACUUAUCCUAGGAGAUACUUUUCCAUCUUUGUUUUGUAAAAUUGUGGAACAUCAUUAUUUCUUCAUGUACAUAACAUGUAUAGCACCUCGCUUUAUUAAUACAUUCCUACUUACCGCAG